GAAUUUCCUAAAUGUCACUUGGUUGGUGCAAGGGAAGAAAAAUAUCUUGAUGAACCCAUACAAUAUGAACAUAUCGAUCAUACAUACUGUCGCAAAUAUGACGAGAAAUGUCAUGUCAAAUCAGAAAUCUUAGAAUUUGUCGAACAAUUUAUAGACAAUGAAGGAGUUCAUGACAGAGAAGAAUAUAUAAUUGAGAAUGAAAUAAUGAACUCAAAUUCCCUACUUAUUGAAGACAAUUCAAAUCAAUCACCUGCCUCUUUUAACGAAGAAAUGCCUCUAGUAUUAGCAACAGGCAUAAAAUCUGAUAUGUUUAACUUAGGAGUUGUGGACACUUGUGAACAAUUUAUAGACGAAGAAGGUGUUCACGAUAGAGAAGAAUAUAUAAUUGAGAAUGAAAAAAUUAACCCAAACUCCCUAAUUAGAGAAGGUGAUGCAAAUCAAUCACCUGCCUUUUUUACCAAAGAAACGCCUCAAAUAUUUGAUCUAGAGAAUGAUGAAGCUCUUCCUGUGACUAUCAACAAUCAAGAGUGUCAUAUGUGUGAUUUCGAGACCAAUGAUGAAAAAGACCUUGCGUUACAUAUCAAAUCCGUUCAUUCGAAUAUUAAGUGUCAUUUAUGUGAGUAUGUUACUAGCAGAAAAGGGGACUUUCUAAUGCAUGUCGAGCGUGUUCAUCUGGAUAGGAAGAAACAAGAAUGUUACAUUUCUGGAUAUGCUGCACAUUUGAAAACUAAGGAACACAAGUGUCACUUAUGUGAAUUUGCCGGGAGUGCUAAACGUGACCUCGAAAAACAUAUAAAAUCAGUUCAUUUGAAAAUUAAGGAACACAAAUGCAACUUAUGUGAAUAUGCUGCGAGUCAAAAACAGACUCUUCGAAGGCAUUUUAACGCUGUUCAUUUGAAAAUUAAGGAACACAAAUGAUAAAAGUAUUAUCCAGCGAUAUGUCAACUCUGUUCAUAUGAAUAUUAAGAAAUACAAAUGUCACUUAUGUGAAUAUGGUGCGAGUGUUAAGAAUAGACUUGAUUAUCACGUGAAAUAUGUUCAUUUGAAAAUUAGGGAUUGGGGAACACAAGUGUCAUCUGUGUGAGUAUGCUGCAAGUACAAAAAAUGUCCUCAAAAAACAUUUUUACUCUAUUCAUUUGAACAUCAACGAGAUAUUAAUGUCACUCAUGUGAAUAUGAAUAAUUCAUUGGAAAACUGGUAACAGGUGGGGACAUGUUACAAGCAUAAACGAUACUUUGUGGAAUACGUGGAAAAUCUGUCCAUUCAAAUAGCAAGUAACAAUUUUCAGUAAUGAACUAUACUGUAAAUAUAUGAGGUUAUUUUUAA